GGAGAUGAAGAGGAAGUCCCACUGGAUGCCGCCGCUCUCGGAACUGUGGGCGUUGCUGUUUGGAGGAGCAGGAGACUCCAAAGGACCGUUAUUAUUCUUCUUGGUUUCCGUACUGCUGUGGGGAUAUCCUAUGUACAUAAUACGGUGCAUUCCUCUUACAUGGAACACGUUACGUCUGUCCCAUUACUUCUUUCUAUACUGGAACGUGAUAAUGUGGCUGAGCUGGGUGGUGGCCAACCGACGCGACCCGGGCUACAUCCCGCAGAACUCGGAGACUUACUACCGCGCCAUACGACAGAUACCUUACUACGAUAAGUGGAAGAAACGGAACGUUAUCCUGUCACGUUUGUGCCACACUUGCCGUUGCUUAAGACCUUUAAGAGCUAAGCAUUGUCGGAUUUGCAAACGUUGCGUGGCGUACUUCGACCACCAUUGCCCUUUCAUCUACAACUGCAUCGGUGUUCGAAACCGAAUGUGGUUUUUCUUAUUCGUCAUGAGCGUUGCAAUCAACUGCACGCUAUCCAUAUACUUCGCUUGUUACUGUCUGUUCUUGGAAGGUUUCGGUUUACUCUACAUGCUUGGACUUCUAGAAGCUAUUACGUUUUGCGCGCUCGGCUGGAUUCUCACAUGUACUUCUAUACUCCACGCAUGCAUGAACCUGACUACAAACGAAAUGUUUAAUUACAAACGAUACCCUUAUUUGAGGGACAAGAGAGGACGCUACCAGAAUCCAUUCUCUCGGGGACCUAUCAUGAACUUUAUCGAAUUCUUCGUCUGCCUCCCGGAUAAAUACGAUGAGCAGGAUUUCUUCUAUGAGGAGAGCAUUUGAUACGAAGUACGCUGACAAAGCGAUUGCAGCCUGCCACGGAAGAAGGCAAAGGAAGCUAUCUUGUCGCGACAAGCUCAAAACUGCAAGAAUGCUAAGACUAAGUUUGCAGUCUAAUGCAGGUUUACGCUUUAAAGACUUUCACUUAUUGCUGAAAUGCUUGUUAGCUAAAGUGGUCGAGCAGAAUAUUAUGUAAGGAUUUACUGUAAUUUCGUGACUAUAAAAUGAAUUGUCUGCUGUUUUGUUUUAAGGAUUUACUACUCUAAAGCACCGUAUCCAAUAUCCUUGCACUUAAAAUGGAAUUGUAAAAGAAAACUUUGUCAACAAAAUGGCGGAUGAUUAAAAAAAUAUUAGGCUUAAGUGGAUUUUGCUUUAUUAAAAGAACUUUGUAAUGUAUUAAUUUAACACAUAUAGGUGUAUAAUUAUACGGUAUUCGCCUUAUAUAUAGAUUUUAUGUAAAGGUGAAAUAAAACACAAAUAUUUCAUCAGUCUCAGUAUAAUGUGAAUUUAUAGCUGACACAAGCAAAGUACGUCUACAAAUUGUUAAGCACAUCGACAUUACGCUGGCAAUUAAUAAAAAAUUUGAAAAAAAAUAAAACUUAAAAAAACGAACAAAAAGCGUCUCUACUUU